UUAUUUUAUUUUAUUUUAUUUUUUAUUCUCCAGAAGAUGGGAUUUGCAGUAUUACAUUAGGUCUGAUUCAAUUUGAGAGGGAAAUCAAUCAAUCUCCAGCGAUGGGUAAAUCCAAAGAUGACAAUCACAAGCUCAAGAGAUCGUCUUCCUCUCCGCGAGAUGAAUCGAGAAGCAAAAGGCGUAGAAGUAAGGACGAUGAUAAGGAACACAAGUCUAGUAAGAAGCAUAAAUCUCAUACUUCCUCCAAGCACCAUUCUCGUAAAGAACAGAAAUCUAGUGGGAAGCGCAAGCAUAAAGGCCACAAGCAUGAUAAACUUCCAAAGCUGGAUAUCCAAGAAUUGACUGAUGAUGAUUACUUCUCCAAGAACAACGAGUUCUCAACAUGGCUAAAAGAAGAGAAGAGAAAGUUCUUCGCGGAUCUGUCUUCGGAAGCUGCACGGAGUCUGUUUAAGGAGUUUGUGGCAGAAUGGAACAGCCAGGAACUCGAACCCCAUUACUACGAUGGAAUUGCAACGGCACCACGGACAUCACAUAAGUGGAACAUCAAAAAGUAACGUAGUAAUAUAAAUUUAGUGUUUGUGACUGAACUCUCGUCAUGUUAAGCUAGCUCCUGACAUGUUUGAUGAUAAGCUAUAUAUCUUCCAACAAUCACAAGUCAUGUACAGUCUUGCACUUGCAUUUUCGAGCAUGCGAUGUUGCCUCUUGCACUUGCAUUUUCGAGCAUGCGAUGCCUACAAAAGUGCUCAGUGCGGCUUCAAUGUAUGUUAUGUUGUGGUUCUUGUUCUUUUAUGGGGACUGUAUUUGUUGCAUUUUUGAAUUAGUGAAGGACAAAGGUGCGCAUUUGUAA